CCAUGCUAGAUAAAUAACGAGCAAAAUCAAACUAUUGUUCCUUUUUAAAGCUGCACACAAAACUCAAACGUAGCUAUUAUAGCUAUUGUUUUAGGGGGAAACCCACUAUCUGAGCGCUAAAUAAAUACUGCACUGCGCAGUGACCUUACGGGCACUUCUUUCGAGUUCAUCCAGCUGCCAAAGAUUAUUUUUUUUUCUUAUGCAUGUUUAUUCAUGUGGACAGGCUGGGGAAUGCUAUUGCUGUACAUUUUGUGCUGCCAUUCUCAAAGAAAUCAAAAUUGGGAUCUCUCAGAAGUUCUAGAUCUAAACAGAGGUAAAGCAAAAGCCUAUCUGCGAUCACUGAAUCCUAAUUAAUUAAUGGCUUUAAAAAUGUUUUUUCACCACUAGCACUGUAGUGUAGGUGCAGUUUUCUUGAAAGGCUGGCGCUGAGCUCUGCUGCGACAUGCGAGCUUUAUAUGUUUCUAUUUUUCUUGGCAUUUGCAGAGUUUUUCCUUCUCAGCAGGUCUGAGUGACCUUAGCAAUUGCCAGCAAGGGGACUCCAUAUGAUGAAAGCAGGUGAAAGGGAAAAUAAGGGCGGGAACUAGGUAAGGCCAAUUCAUACCUCAGGGGAGGUGUGGUCCUGUUCCGUACCUGGCUGUGGUCACAGCCUUGUGAAAUAUAAAAGGGGAGGGCAGUUGUUUCUCAAGCGGUCUGUUGCCAAGAUCCUGUAGGGAGAAGGAAGGGAGGCGCUGGAAGAAAUGCAGAGCAAGUCUAGAGUGUCAGCUGCAAGAGGUGCCGCUGAGCCUCGGGAAUACCAUCAGCUCUUCUCUGUAGGCCUGUUGGCUGCGCUGAGGGUUGCUUGGUAGCUGCACUCCCUUCCCCAGCAGGCUGGCUUAGGAGGAGAAGGCGGCUACCAUGUCCCAAGGAGGAGCGGCAGAACGUGAAGCUGCCAAGCCCCAAGACCGGGGAUGGGCAUGGAUGGUCCUUCUCGCUGCAGUGCUGCUGCAGGGGCUGACGCUGGGCUUCCCCUCCUGCAUCGGUGUCUUCUUCACGGACCUCCAGCAUGAGUUCCAGGCCACCAACAGCGAGACGUCGUGGUUCCCAUCCAUCAUGGUGGCUGUGCUGCACGGAGGGGGGCCCCUCUGCAGCAUCUUGGUGAAGCGAUUUGGCUGCAGGUUUGUCGUGAUGCUGGGAGGGCUGCUCAGCGGCGUGGGCAUGGUGUCCAGCUCCUUCUGCAAGUCCAUCAGCCAGCUUUACUUAACAGCUGGCCUCAUCACGGGUCUGGGCUCAUGUUUCAGCUUCCAGGCAGGAGUGACUGUGCUGGGCUACUACUUUGUCCGGUGGCGAGCGCUGGCCAAUGCCAUCGCAUCCACCGGUGUCUCCCUUGGCUUCACGCUGUGGCCUCUGCUUUCUCAACACUUGCUGGAUGAGAUGGGCUGGAGAAAUACUUUUCUUAUCUUUGGAGGAAUACUAUUGAACUGUUGCGUUUGUGGAGCCAUCAUGAGACCAGUUCAGCUUGCAUCAGGGUCACUACUACAGUCACCCAAGCCUGGAGAGGAGCCAGAGAGAAAAGCAGAAGAGGCACAGCUAUCCAAUGGAGCAUCUUCUUCCCAGCCGAAGCUCCAGCAGCAAACCAGGACUGCAUGCUUCCAGAUGCUGCAGAAGCACCUGGCUUUCGACAUCUUUUGUCAAAACAAAGGUUACCAGAUUUACACGAUUGGAGUGACCUGGAUGAUGAUGGGGUUUGCAUUACCCCAUAUCUACCUUGUGCCUUACGCCAUCCAGAAUGGAGUGGAGGAACGCAGGGCAGCCCUCCUCAUCUCCAUUAUCGGGUUCAUCAACAUCUUCAUACGCCCUUUCACAGGGCUGCUCUCAGGACACAGAGUCUUCACAGGGAGACGCAUCUACCUGUUCAGCCUGGCUGUGCUCCUCUGCGGGCUCAGCAAUUUCAUUUGUGUCAUUUCAGCCGAGUUCAGCAUGCUCAUCAUCUACUGCGUCAUCCUCAGUAUAGCCAUGAGUGGCAUCGGGGCACUCAUCUUCCAGGUGUUGAUGGAUGUGGUGGAGAUGGACAGGUUCUCAAGCGCUCUAGGGCUCUUCACCAUCCUGGAGAGUAUCACUCUCCUCAUCGGACCCCCUCUCACAGGUCUCCUGGUAGACAUAACUAGUGAUUUCCACUACGUCUUCUACACCUCCAGUUUCUUCCUCAUAUCAGCUGCAUUAUUCAUGGUGCUCAGCUUCUGUGCUUUGGAGAAAAAAACCAAAUUGAAAGAGGCUUCAAAAGCACGUUUGGACAAUCCCUCCAGAUAUCAAUACAAUGAAAUCCCAACUGAACCACAGUCUGAAAGUCAGUCCCCUCCAGCAGUUGUGUACAUCACAAGCAUAUGAAAAGAAAGAAGAGGAAAAAAAGCCAAACCCAAGAGGAACACAAACAAUUAUGUGGCCUGUACAAAGCUACACAAGGCCCAGCACUGGUGGCAGAUCAGAACAAGCGUCUGCUUUCCACAACUGUCAUCAUCCUUCUGCCCUGCACUGCCACUCUGCGGGGUUGUGUCAGACUCCAAGCGAGCACUCCAGACCUGGGCUGAGCCCAGAACCCAGCGCCAGCCAAAGAGCUGAAGGACAAAGAGAACUUUGCUUUCCUAAAGCAAACCACAGGAUAACAGCCAUGGUAACCAGCACUGAGAGACAAAAGCUGUGUCAGUUCAAUUGGUUAAAGUCAGUGCCUUUAAGAAGUCACUGGAAUUUCACAUGCCGUUUCAGCUGGAGGCCCAAUACGUAUUAAUGGCUAUGCACAACGGUGGUUCUUUCACAAAGAAGUAUUAUUCCUCGUCUGAACAUGCCAUUUUGGUUGAUAUGAACUUAUAUGAAGUUUCCUUGAAGUUGCUUCCCAUGCUGGGGGUGGCAAGACAAACACCUUCCACAGGAAGCAUGUUAUUAUUUUCCACAUCUUUAAAUAGUCUAUGGAAGCUGCUGCAUGGGUUGCAGAACUCAGCCAAGUUUCUAGUAAGAUCUAGUAUUUUCUCCUGUGAGGUACAUACAUGAGUUCUUCAUGCCAAGAACAUUUUCAGAGCUUCAAAGGUUCAACUUCAGAGCAUAAAAAAGAAAAAAACUCAAACCUUAGAGCGCCCGUUUUAUGUAUCCAGUGGUAUCUUAAGUGCUUCUUGAUAUAUCAUGAAAAACGAUUCACGGCUUGUGUAAAUACACGUAUUUACAGGGACCCAUUUUUGCAGGCGGGGUGUGAGGAAGGGCAGUGAAGGUAUUACUAGCCUAAGAAUAAGUGUAUAUGCACCCUUAUAUAUAUGUAUAUGCAUCCUUAUACAGGGCCAAAUUCAAAGCCACUGUAGUUCCCCCUUGUGUAAAUGAAUUUAGCUCUUUAGUCUUAGACUCCCAGACUUAACUACACCAGCGUUCUCAUUAGAGAAGUUUGCACAAGCAUAAUUUACAUUUCUUACAAGCACAAGUAUAACUUACAAAGAAAUCUAAGGGGAAAAGUAUACUGAGAAAAGUCAGCGUUACUGACUUUCAUAUCCAUACAGCCUCGACUGUAAAGUGGCUUUUCUUGCUCCACUCCUGGCAGUUACACUUGUAACUACCAAGACGAUAGCUGCAUCAGCCUCUGACCUCCCUCAGUAUCAGCUCGAGUUGCAAAGUGUUUAUAUUCCGUAUUGUUCCUGAUCUGACAGAAAAAAACCAGAAGCACAAAAUGGGAGCAAAAUGGAAUAGCAGCUUUCAACCCAACUGCAGGGCUUAUCUUGAGAACUUUUAUAUCAAAUUCCUAGCAACAAAAGCAGUUUUCAUUAGAGCUGUGGGAUCCCCAAACAAAACAAACCAACCAAAACAACCCACACUGGAUGAAACCACUGGAAAACUGACUCCAAGGUCUUCAGAGACUAUAAUGGCUUUACAGCUGGCUUUUACGGUGGAAGAGGUAUCAGCCCUUCAGAAGGGUUCCUGCUCCCACAGCUCAGUAUCUGCUUCAGUACUGCUCUAGGAUUACUCAACCAGCAGGCUUUGCAUUUCCUGAUCAAACAUAUACUUAAGAUGACUAGUGAGAGACACACAUAUCUAAUGUCUUGUCACACAUGCUUAUUAACUUGUGUAAUGAUUACACGGUCCAUAACUACAAACUGAACAGGGGCUGGUGCUUCUCAGCUUACCGAAACAAUGACUUGUAUGUUCCCAGGAAAAAGAUGGGGCUUUCUCCCUCUCUAAAGAAAAACCAACAAAACAACCAACAAUGAAAGGGGAUCAAGUGCCAAAGCUGUUCUAGCUAUUGCAAAUAAAACAGCUAAGCAGCUAAACAGA